AUGGCGGAGCAGCAGAGGAACAUCCAGCAAAGGAUGUCCGAGUCGGGAAGCCCAGCGACCCGGCAGACGGUGAAGUUUCUCACGGCGGCGAGCAUCGGCACGGCCCUGCUGCUGCUGUCGGGGCUCACCAUGACGGGGACCGUGGUCUGCCUGGUCCUGGCCACGCCGGCGCUGGUGCUGUUCAGCCCCAUCCUCGUGCCGGCGGGGAUAGUCAUCGCCAUGGCUACCGCCGGGUUCUUCCUCUCCGGCGGGUUCGGCGUGGCGGCGAUGUCCGCACUCGCCUGGAUCUAUAACUACGUGACCGGGAAGCACCCACCGGGCGCCGACCAGCUCGACUCCGCGCGCAUGAAGCUGAUGAGCACCGCGCGGGACGUAAAGGAGCGCGCCAAGGAGUACGGCCACUUCGUCCAGAACAAGGCCCACGAGGUCACCAGCCACACCCCCGCUACCGCCGCCGCCUCCUAA